AUGACCGGUCUGCCGCUCCGCUUGUUGGCGUCGGCGCUCCGCCGUCCCGCGCGCUCCGCCGCCGCCUCCACCCGCCUCCUCUCGCUGCAGCGCUCUUCUGCUCGCCAACUGUCGUCUGCCGCCGCCGCCGCUGCUGUCGCUGCCGCCCCCAAGAGCAGCGCCGCCCCCGACUCGGACGCGCUGUCGCUUCUGGAGCUGUCCAUCGCCCAGCGCCGCCCCGCGCAGGCGCUCAGCCUCCUGGCGCAGCUUCAAGAACCCGCCGCCCCGCAGCUGCUGCAGAGACUGGCGCUGCUGCUGGCCAGGCAACGGAAGAGCCGCGGCCACGCUCUGCGCGCCUUCGAGCUCCUGCGCGGAGUGUACCGCGCGCCGGGCCUCAAGCCCGACGACUACACGCAGCUGGCGUCCAUCUACGUGCUGGACGCGUGCCUGCGCUUCCGGAUGCUGGACCAGGCCAUGGAGUUGUAUGAUGAGGCGGUGAACCAGGCAGUGGUGCUGGACUUGCCGUCCUAUGACGGACUGCUGACGGCCCUGCUGGACGCCAAGAGGGUGGAGGAGGCCACCGAGAUCCUGAGAGAAGUGCUGGGAGGAGACGACGUGUGCCCCGUGGAGCAGACCUUCAUGCCGGUGCUGGUGGAGCUGGUCAAGGCCAGGGAGUACGACGUCGCCACGGAGCUCAUGAGACAGGGACAAACGCGCGGCGUUGAAUUCACGAGCGAGACGUUCCACCCGCUGCUGGUGCUGGCGGAGAAGGACACGGCGUCCACCGACUCGCUGAUCAAGUUCCUGCAGUUCGUGGAGGACUCGUGGGAGGAGUACAAGGCCGUGGAGGACUUUGACCCGGAGGAGGACGACCUGGACGACCCGGAAAACCCCUUCCGCAGUCUGUAG